AAAAGCGGCUCCCAGGCCAGCGCUAUGGCGACGGCUACCAAAAGCGGCUCCCAGGCCAGCGCUAUGGCGACGGCUACCAAAAGCGGCUCCCAGGCCAGCGCUGUGGCGACGGCUACCAAAAGCGGCUCCCAGGCCAGCGCUGUGGCGACGGCUACCAAAAGCAGCUCCCUGGCUAGCGCUCCGCCGGCGGCGACGGCUACCAAAAGCAGCUCCCUGGCCAGCGCUCUACUGGUGGCUUCCAAAAGCAGCUCCCAGGCCGGCGCUCCACCGGUGGCUUCCAAAAGCAGCUCCCAGACUACUGAAAGUCCCGCUAAAGUGUCAUGGAAGCCAUUAACAAGUGAAGAUGCAAAAGAAAGACAGCCUUUUUUCAAUAGACUGUACAAAUCUGUGGCCUGGAAGUUGGUUGCUGUUGGAGGUUUUAGUCCCAAUGUCAAUCAUGCAGAACUUCUAAACUCAUCCAUUCAGUCUGUGAAAGCCACUUUAGAUGUAACUUUUGUUCCACUGAAGGAACUUGCAGACUUACCUCAAAAUAAAAGCUCUCAUGAAAAUAUAGUUUGUGAACUGAGGUGCAAGUCUGUUUAUUUGGGUACUGGCUGUGGAAAAAGUAAGGAAAAUGCCAAAGCUAUAGCUUCAAGGGAAGCUUUGAAAUUAUUUCUAAAGAAGAAAGUUAUUGUAAAGAUAUGUAAAAGAAAGUACAAAGGACGUGAAAUUGAAGAUUUGGUACUUCUUGAUGAAGAAUCAAAACCCUCAAAUUUACCCCCAGCUUUAAGGAAUCCUCAAGAGAUCCUGUAGGACACACAAGAACUGAGGGUUACUUUUGUACUCUGAAAAUGUAGGCUUCCAGAUAUUUUGUAUUUCUCAGUUUUGCAGAACUACAUUAUUGUUCCUUUCACACGGUAGCAAUUGUAAAUAACUUCUUAUAGAUCACAAGAAGUGUGCAUUUAAAGGUAUGCCUUAAUAUAGAGCACACUAGCGUGCUGUUUUAUUUGCUAAAUAGUCUACCUAAGUCUUCUAAUUUUAAUUAAAAGAUUAAGGUACAAUUUGAUUAAAGUCUAAUAAUUUUGUAAUUCUUACAAUUUGGUGGUAGUGUGCUCAGUUGUCUACCAUGUCUUUUUAGCUGCAUAGGAAUGUAUAUAGGGACCAUAGUAUUUGAAUGGUUGAAAGUUGUUAAAUUUCAAGGAAAAGGUUGUCUGUUUGAAAUUUGUUGCCCAUAAUGUUCACUAUUCUUGUUGAAAAGAGAGAAAAUAGUUGGCUGACUAUUUUUAUGAAAAGUUGUAACAUUUUAAAGUUAAUCCUAAAAUAUGUGAUCCUGUUUAACAUUAUUACAAUAGCAAAUUGUCAGUAAAUAAUAAUCAGGGUGAUUUCAACCACCAAAACUCUUUAAGCAAAUUAAACUUGUGAAAUACCAUUUACACUUUGUUUUUCAGAUAAACAUGGAUUUCUAUAUAAGCAUAUUUUAUGACUGCUACUAUUAAAAAUAAUAAACUUUUGGGAUAUCCUCACUUUUAAUAUUUUGUUUUGGAUAUUAAAUGCUUUAAAAACUGACCAUUUUGAUAAAAGUUAGUAACAUCUUUUUGGGAAAAAAAAAAACCUUAUACAUUAAACUGGGUCAGAAGCAUCUGUGAAAAUGAUCAACAGAGCAGUACUUCUUUUUUUUUAUAUAAAAAGAAAAAUGUACACUGGCUUCAAUGUGGAAGGGUUUCAAGGUGUAGUUACUGGUGGUUCUUAUUGUUUUAUUAAGAUGCACAAGAGAUACUAAUGUAAAACUAGAAUAACAAUAUUUUCCAAUAAAUAAUGGAAUGUAUACUAUUCCCACUCUAUCAUCAAUUAAAUGUGGGGCAGAGGAAAUGCAGGUGCUUCUGCUGGGUUGAGUGUGUCUUCUGAAAUGAGUUUACACAUAUUUUGAGCCUUAUUUUACUCUGUUUACACACUCAGUUCUCACACUGAUAUCAGGAAGUUUCAUACAAAGAUCAAGGGAAACCAUGGCCCUUUAGGUGCAGCAGUCUGGAAAGAAUUAUAAAUGGAGUGUAUAAAACACUGGAUAAUAAAAGUAAUGGCUAAGAGCAUGUUGUUCAUAGUGUUUUUUCAAUUCUGUGAAAGGAGUUUCUCAAAUUUAAAAUGGUGGUAGUUAGGCACUUUUUCUAUGUAAAAAUGUGCUAUCUUACUCAACAGAUCUGCUCUAUACUAUCAAUAUCAAAUUCUACGACUGGUAUCACUGUAGAACUAAUAAAAGUUGAGGAAUGGUC